UUUUCCAAACAAUCAAGCUUCUAUGAUUGUAUGGCUGUCAGUUUUUCGUCGGCACUCUAAAAAAUGCGAAUGAACCGCUAUCGUUGAAUCGUUUGUUUCAAUUAGAAAAUUUAUCGUAGCGCAGCUGCGUGUUUAGUACGGCAGAAUUUUCUAGAUACUUAGAAAGAAAACAUGUCAUCUCCGUCAACAACGAAAUUUCCUUUGAAGGAAUUCCAAUUAUCGCCUGAAGAUCAUGAAUUUGUUGUACCGAAAAAGGCUGUCAAAGUUCCUGAUGAUAUGACACUGUGGCAUAAGUCGGAAGCCUAUUUCGAAUAUUUAGGUUUCAUUCUUGCCCUUAACGAGGCUGUACAAGGAAAAUCUUUAAAUGCUGAUUUUCCACAGUCACCAACAAUUGCCAAAGUUGUAGAAAUGUUAAAUGUAUUUGAUGAAUGGAUUACUCAGAUUCCACCUGCUGAACAGCCACAACGUUUUGGCAAUAAAUCUUUUAGGAUCUGGUAUGCAAAAUUAAAAGAGUAUGGUAUUGAGGAACUCAAGAAAGUUUUACCUGAAAGAUUUCAUCGUGCAGUGCCAGAAGUUGUGGAGUAUCUAUUUGAAGGGUUUGGCAACGCGACACGGAUUGAUUAUGGAACAGGACAUGAAAUGGCAUUCAUAAUGUUUCUGUGUUGUAUGUUUAAAAUAGGAGCAUUGACAGCUGAUGACAAAAUAGCAGCUGUCCUCAAAAUAUUCAAUAGAUAUCUAGAACUGGUAAGAAGACUCCAACUGGUCUAUAGAAUGGAGCCAGCUGGUAGCCAUGGCGUUUGGAGUUUAGAUGACUAUCAAUUUGUACCUUUCAUAUGGGGUAGUGCCCAGUUGGUCGGUCAUCCGCGUAUUGAGCCACAUCACUUUGUGGAUCAAGAUGUAAUAGAAAUGUAUAGCAAGCAGUUUAUGUUUUUGGGAUGCAUAGAAUUUAUAUUAAAGGUAAAAACUGGACUAUUUGCUGAGCACUCUAAUCAACUCUGGAACGUCAGUGCAGUCUCGUCUUGGAUAAAAGUGAACAGUGGUCUCAUAAAAAUGUAUAAAGCUGAGGUCCUAGCAAAGUUUCCAGUUAUUCAACACGUGCUGUUUGGUUCAUUAUUAUCCAUAAAGGCUGCACCGAUAGGAACAAAUCUUAGAGCAACACGAUUGAGUCAUCCUCUUCCACCACCUACACCCGAGGCACAUACGACAUUAUAAUUUGCAAAUAUUUUCAUAUGUGUGGCUUUGAUCAAUGCUUUACCCUGGCGCAUGUAUGAGCAUAUUUCGCCAUUGUAGUUUGUACAAGAAAUUCUAUCGUUUGUAAUAAAGUUGUACAUUAACCGUUGAAAUACGUACAUAAAAGUGCAUUAUGACUCGUGAAUUAUUACUGUGAGAAUGAAUCAAUUGGCUUAAAGUUUGUUAAAAAUAAAAACUCUUCGAUACAGCUGA